GUGAAGCGUCAGUAUCGAGACUGAUGUUGCUGUCUCUGACGAUGAUGAUGGAUCACUCGGUACCCACUUCUGAUUUUCAUUUCUACACUAUUUCCAGGUAGUUGAACUCUCACGCUCUUCGAGAAACUUUGUACCAUUUCGGCCAAUUAUUUGCGAAUCCACUGGCACGCGCAACGCUUGGACGGAUCUUGGUUGAAAUUGGUGCCUCUGGUUUUCACACCUCCAUUUGGAAUAUGGGUGUUCACCAGCUGAGUAAGGUGAUUGGUGAUAAUGCUCCGAAGGCAGUCAAAAAUACGGAAAUCAAAGCAUACUUCGGUUUGUUUAGUUUGAUAUUAGUUUAUUCUCUGUACCAGGUAGAAAGGUAGCCAUCGAUGCAUCCAUGUCGAUCUACCAGUUUUUGAUCGCUGUUAGACAAGAGGGAAGUACUUUGAUGAAUUCCGAGGGCGAAUCAACCAGCCACUUGAUGGGAAUGUUUUAUCGCACCAUUCGCAUGAUCGAAAAUGGUAUUAAGCCAGUUUAUGUGUUCGAAGGGAAACCACCCUCGAUGAAAGCUGGAGAAUUGGCCAAGCGAACCGAAAGACGAAUCGAGUCUUCACGGGAGCUUGCAAAAGCGGAAGAGGAAGAAGAUUUAGAGGCUAUCGAAAAGUUUUCCAAGCGUUUAGUCAAAGUUACUCCGCAGCACAAUGAUGAUUGCAAGGAGUUGCUCAAGCUGAUGGGUGUACCGUACAUUAAGGCCCCAGGAGAAGCUGAAGCACAGUGCGCGGCUCUUGCCAAGGCAGGAAAGGUGUAUGCAGUCGGAACGGAAGACAUGGAUGCUUUGGCAUUUGGUUGUCCCGUUUUGCUUCGUCAUUUGACUUUUAGUGAAGCAAGAAAGCUUCCUAUACAAGAAUUCAACCUUCCCUCGGUGCUCGCCGGUCUGGAACUCUCAAUGGACCAGUUCGUUGACUUGUGUAUUCUUCUUGGAUGUGAUUACGUGGACACCAUACGUGGUAUCGGCCCCAAGAAAGCAAUUGACCUGCUACGAAAACACAAGUCUAUCGAAGAGGUUUUAAAGAAUAUCGACCACUCUAAAUACCCAGUCCCCGAAGACUGGCCCUACGAGGAAGCAAAGAAGUUGUUCCUCACUCCAGAAAUAGAGGAUCCGGAAAAAAUUGAGAUUAAGUGGUCAGAACCGGAUGAAGAAGGACUGGUUGCAUUUCUUUGUCAUAAACAUGGAUUCAACGAAGAACGUGUUCGUAACGGUGCGAAGAAACUGAUGAAAGCGAAAAACACAAACACACAAGGUCGUAUAGAUAGUUUCUUCCAGGCGUUGCCACCGAAACCAUCGAUGAACGGCAAACCGACUGUGACCACAACAAAAAUGGGCAACGAUACAGCGAAGAAGCGCAAGAGUGUUGGUGGUUCCGGAGCGGGGUCCAAAAGACCCAAAUGAUUUCACGGAUCAUUUAAUCUGUGACUGUAUUUUUCUAUCCCUGUGUUUAUGCCACAUGUCUCCUAUGUCAGAUUCAAGAUUUUUAUGAUUUUCG